GAUGCUUAAUACCAGUACAUCUACCAAAACAUGAAGACCAAAACCAAAGGAAAGAAGCAAAGGCAUACUGUUGACAAAGAAGCAUUUUCUGAGGAGUCAGCAAUGAGAAAAAAAGAACUGGUGAAAUGUUUGCAACACAAAGAAAGGAGGAAUGGGGGAAAGAAGGAAAGCAGCAAGAUCACUACAGCCAGAGCCAAGCAUCCUUGGAGCAAUAAGGACAGAAAUUUGAGGAGACUGGAAAGCAAUGAGCGGGAGAGGCAGAGAAUGCACAAGCUCAACAAUGCGUUCCAGGCUUUGCGGGAGGUGAUCCCUCAUGUGAGAGCUGAGAAUAAACUUUCCAAAAUAGAGACUCUCACACUGGCCAAAAAUUACAUUAAAUCCUUGACCUCCAUUAUACUCAAUAUGUCCAACGGACACUUUCCAGCAGCAGAAGGGAUGGGAGGAGCCUGGGUGUCCAAAUUGUACCGGCAUUAUCAACAACAACAUGGGGAUGAUGAUCAUGAGGAACAUCUACAAAAAUACUCCACAUAG